AGCAUUUUGUAACUAGAAAGCAGAAAUAAAUAGUACCUUUCAGAAAAGAAAAACUCUGUUAGCAAGAACACAGGACUGGUUAUGUGAGAAGAGGCAUCAUUCCUGCAAAAGCCCUAUCCUGUAUGGAGAAGGACAGGGUUAGGAGAAGGCAAAGGCAGGAAGCAAGGACUCUUGCUCUGCCCUGACUUGGCCAGUGGAGGCAGCGAGGAGCUGAAGAUCAUUCCUUCUUUCUUUCCUUCCCUCUCCACAGGCAGCUCUGCAGGGAAGUCUGUGACUGCCUGGCCAGACUUAGGGCUCACGUUCUGGUCAGAGUCAUGGCAUCCCAGUCUCUGCUGCCUGUCCUGGUUCUCUGUGUGCUGCUGCUUCAGGCCCAGGGAGGAUACUAUGACAAGAUGAGGAUGCAGAGAAUCAAGGUCUGUGAGAAGCGACCCAGCAUAGAUCUAUGCAUCCACCACUGUUCAUAUUUCCAAAAGUGUGAAGCAAAUAACAUAUGCUGUUCAGCCUUCUGUGGGAACGUUUGCAUGAGCAUCCUGUGAGUGGGAGAGUGGGCUGGGAUGUGCAUCCUGCUCCCUGAACCCUUCCAUCCGAGACUGUGCCCACAUCCGAAGCGCAACGACAUCAAACCAUUAGCACAAGAACGUCAACAGGAAUGCCACCCUCCCUGCUGUCUGAACUCCCUGUCCCUGUCAAAUAAACCAGAACAAAUGCCCAGG